CGUGCCAAUGAGUGUUGGAUUCAUUGUUAUAAAUUGGAGUUAAAGCAUGUCUUUUUUUACCAGUCUUUUAUUUUCCAAGCUCGGUCUCGUGCUAAUCGUGUUUUUACUUGUGCAAAGAUGUAGAACCGAUGAAAUUCUUGGAUGCGGUGGUUUUAUGAAAAGUCAUGCCGACAUCGAUUUCAGUCAAAUCACUGUCAAAUUAUAUACGAAGAGUGGCAGUUUGAAAGAUCAAACCGAAUGUGCUCCUAAUACGGGUUAUUAUUUUUUGCCUGUAUACGAUAAAGGAGAAUAUCUUUUAAAACUUGAACCACCAAGAGGUUGGAGUUUUGAACCAACCAAAGUUAUACUUAAUAUCGAUGGCUCUAAUUCAGAUCUUUGUAGUCAAGGGAAGGAUAUUAACUUUAUCUUCAAAGGAUUUGGUAUUACUGGCAAAGUUAUUACUGCCGCGUCAUCAAAGACGAUACAAUAUCCUAAAGGAAUAUCCAUUUUGUUAUAUGAUAAAAGUAAUAAAACGCUUCUUGCAUCAACUGUUACAUUAGAAGGUGGCACAUUUUCAUUUACUCCUGUUCAGCCUGGGAAAUAUGUACUCGUUGCUAGUCAUCCAACAUGGCUUAUGGACAAACAUUCCACAACCGUUACUGUAAGAGAAGGCAAUACAGAAUUAAAAGAUGGAGAAUUGAGUGUAUUUGGCUUUGAUGUUAGUGGACGUGUGACGACUAUAGACGGAGAACCAGUUGGCAGAGUAUCAUUUCUUCUAUUUGGAAAUGGACGAGGGAAAAAUUGUGCUACAAGUUCAGUAGAAGGCUUUGAUUCGAAAAAGAAACCAUUGUGUCACGUUACAUCCGAUGAAACAGGCAGAUUCUUGUUUCCUGCACUUUCACCUGGCGAUUAUAUAUUGAUACCUUACUAUGCUGGAUCAAGGACGAAAUUCGAUGUGAAACCGUCAGAGCUUCCGUUUACCGUUAAUCAAGACAGUUUAAUUUUGUCCCAAGAGUUCAAAGUGACCGGGUUUACGAUCAGUGGCAAAGUUAUGGCAUCGAUUAACCCGCUAAUUCCUUUAGCUGGAGCAAAAGUAUAUUUAUCUAAUAAACAAAUUGCAAUUACGGAUAAUAAUGGAGCAUAUAAAACUGACAAUGUGAAAGCCAAACAGUACAUGCUACAUGCAGAAGCAAAUGAUAUGCAGUUUGAGGAAAAACUGAUAAAAAUCUCUCCGUCUAAUCCUGAAUUACCUGUAAUAACUCCAAUAGCUUAUAAAGUUUUUGGGAAAGUAUCUUCAACGACCAAAGAGAACAUAGAAAAUAGAAAAAUUUUAAUAAAAAAUAUGUCUUCCAAUAAUCGACAAGAAGUAGAAAUUGAUUCAAAUACUGGCGAAUGGACUGUUUACCUCCCACCUGCUAAAUACCAAUUAAACGUUAUUGUUAACGAUGAAGAAAAAACUAAAGGAUUACAGUUUUUUCCUCUUCAACGUGUAAUCGAUUUAGUUUUUGCACCAUUAAAAGAUGUCAAUUUCUUACAACUUAAGGCGACUUUAAAAGGUGCCAUAAUCUGCCUACCAAAUAAAGAUUCCAUCGACGAAUGCACUCAGACUCAAAUAACCUUAAAAAUGGUCGACGGUAUUGUCGAGACAAAAACAGUCAAAGCCAAGGCUGGUGAAUAUAUCUUUGAAGAUGUCCUACCAGGCCAAUACGAAGUUAUAGUGGAUACUGAUAUAUUCUGUUGGGAUAAGUCAAGUCAUCAAAUAGUUAUUGCAUCUGAGAAACCAGUAAACGAACCAGUAUUCUGGCAGACGGGAUUCUCUGUCACAUUUAUCUCAUCUCAUGAUACGAAGUUAGCGUAUUCAGUCCCUAAUCAACCCAAUAAAAAAAUGUACUUCCAGCUUGUGAAAGGAAGUACAAGACAUUGUAUUCCAGUAUCUGGUAAAUAUGAUUUCCAUCCCAAAGGAUGCCAUAAAUAUUCCAAAUCUGUAUACACUUGGAAUACAAAUGAACGAACACCUAUUAUACUUUCAUCGACCGAACAUUUACAAAAGGGAAUUAUAUUAAGCCCCAUUGCUAUUGAUGGUGUUUCGGUUAGAAUUGAAGCAGAAUCCGAAGCGCAAAUACCAAUAGUGCUUUCGGAUCUGAAACCGAUUCGAGAAGGUCAGCUUUAUAAAUAUAUUUUCUCGUUUAAUGCCAUUAGUGGUGAAAAGUAUGUGAUUUCUCCAUCCUCUGAAGUCUUAUUAUUUGAUCCGUCCUCCCUUAAAAUUACUGGCCCUGAUGACUGUGAAAAUGAUAUAACAAUUUUUCGAGCGGAACAAGGCAAAAUUAUCAGUGGUUUUAUACAUCCUUUAUUGGAAGGUGUAGCGAUAAAGAUUUUUGGAAAUGAUAAAGAAGUUCCCAUUCAUACGUUAGUUACGCAGCAAGAUGGGACUUUUAAAGUUGGCCCACUAGAUGGGAGAAUAGAUUACAGUAUUACAGCGGAGAAGGAGGGCUUUAUUUUAACGCGUGAUCAUAAAUUACAGGAUUAUAAAUUUCUUGCUCGUAAAUUAGCUGAAAUCAAUGUUAAAGUUAUCGAUGCAUCCGAAUCUAUUCCUUUACAAGGCGUCUUGCUAUCAUUAUCCGGAGGUGGCGGCGGACCAAAUAGUUAUCGCAAAAAUAUUAUGACUGGAGAAGAAGGUACGCAAAUAUUUAAUUCCCUUUCUCCUGGCGACUAUUAUCUUCGACCGACAAUGAAGGAAUAUCGUUUUGAAUCGUCCUCGAAAAUGAUUCGAGUCGAAGAAGGUAAAACCGUUUCUGUAACUUUCAUCGGCCGACGAGUUGCAUUCAGUGCUUAUGGCGUGGUCACGUGCUUAAAUGGAGAACCCGAGGCUGGUUUACUCGUCGAAGCACGUGGUCAGAACGAUUGCGCGGAUCUGCAGGAGGAAGCAACUACCAAGGAUGAUGGAACGUGGAGAAUUCGCGGUCUUGAGCCCAAGUGCAUAUAUGCCAUUCGGCUAAAGUUAAACGAACAAAAUUCAAAUAGUCGAAAUUUGAGAGCCAUACCUAGUUCUAUUGCCGUUCAAGCCACUCAGGAUAUUCACGAUAUCAAACUUAUGGCUUUGCAGCCGGUAUCCCGUACAGAUGUGUCCAUUAGGAUCAUUUCCAAUCAGCUAGAGAAUUAUCGCACACUAAAGGUAAAACUUUGUCGCGAAGAUAUACCAGAUUCACCGAUUCACAUUGCGAAAAUUGAAAGCCAAUACUUUGGAAAAAUGAACAAUGCCGGCUUUCUUCUUCAUUUUCCUCCUCUUCAAGCCGAUGGCAAGAAAUAUUUCAUCCAGCUCGAAUCAUCUCUUUCCAAGCUAACCCACGAGUACAAGAUUUUUCCAGUUUACUUCGAGGCCAAUUCAUCCUUUAAAUUUGUAGAUUUGCGCUUUGACGCUGUGCGUAAACACGAACAGGGCGAUGCGAACCAAAUCACAUUCGUGCCUCUUCCACUUAUCAUUCUUGUGACCAUUGCGUUCUUUCAUCGCGAAGCUCUCUGCGGCUGGCUAAAUACUACUAUUGAAAAAUGGUACAAACGACCUUCGUCGUCGUUAAAUAGAAACUCUCAAGGUGUUCCGAAUCUAUUAGCAGCAACUGACUCAAGGGCGGACGAUAUUAUCGUAGAGCAGAUAAAAAAUAUCAAUAGCAAGAGUAGCAAAAAACUCAAACCUCGAAAAACGUAGUAGUAAAGUUAUUGUUUAAAAUGUUAAUAAAUUCGAUUGCUGAUCGUGUAGUGCGACUUGUAUCAUUAUAUUUAGGCGAAGAACCAUGUUUCUAUUCGUUCUAUUUUCUCAAUAUUUAUCAGUCUUGUCUUUGAAAAAAUCGUAUUUCAUGUUUUUUUUUAUUAAUCAAAAUUUUUUA